AUGAACUACAUUCGUGGCGCUGUGAGCGCAAUCAGUGCCCCAUACCAGUACUAUAAAGAUAUCAACCCAUCGACCCUGACUGGGGCCAUCGAUGUCAUCGUUAUUCGUCGCUCACCAUCGCCCACUUUAUCUGCUAGUUCCGGUUCACAAGACAGUGACGUGUAUGCCUGCUCUCCUUUCCAUGUCCGUUUCGGUAAGCUCCAAGUACUCAGGCCUGCUGAAAAGAAGGUGCGCAGUGUUAACGUAUCAGUAAAUGGCUCGCCCAUCCCGUUCAGCAUGAAAAUCGGAGACGCAGGAGAAGCAUUCUUCGUGUUCGAGACGGAAGAAGAUAUCCCAGAAGACCUCGUUACAAGUCCUCUGCUCUCCCCAACCCCAGAAUCAGGCGAACUUCAGGGUGACUUUGAACGUGGAAGGUCUGGAGCUAAGCCGGGUGGGGAACGGAAACAGUCAGAUCUGAGUUUACAGAUGCAGGAGCCCGAGUUUCUCGACUUGAACGCUCUGUCUGGGUUGAAACAUCCCAUUCCAAUGCAUGCAGGCGCGAAACCGAAGCUUGGCUCGAGGAGCGUUCCUCCUACCCCUCCACCAGAGGAACCUUUAGUACAACCAACCGAUGUGCCCGGUCCAGAAGUCCAAUACAAGGCUGAUGUCGCGCUGGAUAUGGCUGGGUAUCAUUCUGCUCAAGCACGCGACGCGUCUUCCUUACGUGUAUCCCGUCAGUAUUCACAAUCUCCAACCCCAACUGCGAUCCCCUUUCCAUCAACUACUCCUCCAGUUGCUUCUCCUCUGAGCAAACACUCCCCAUCACUUUCCACAACCACGUUUCCUGCCCGCCACGUUGUUUCAGAAUCCCAACAAGAUAUCCCGCUUCCUCAGUACUCCUGGGAAUGGGGCGCGUUUCCCCAGCCCUCACCUAUGACGACACAUUUCCCAUCUACCCACCUAUUGCGCAUGGGCAAAGUACCCGCUGUGGAUGAACACGCGCCAUCCAAUUUCGACGCUGAAGAGUUUUUGACGCGUAGUAGAAGUGUCCCGCCUGAGCUCGAAGGCAGUCCGCAUACUAUCCGUUCAUCUCUACCACCUCAAGACGAAGCACAUACUCCUGAAGAUGAACAGGAACACGAAAUCGGACAUGAUCAUCCUCCGCUUCCACUUCCUGAGCACGGAUUCGGUUCGGGUGGUAUUCUUACCACGCACCCAUCUGACUCACGUACGUUCCUUGUUCACAUCGAAGGCCAAGCGCUGUCAUUUGCUCUCUCGCUUGUACCUACAUCAAAGCGCGGGAUGUUCCAUGGGAGCGAUGAAGUGGAAGUCGUUCAUCUAUUUGAGGCGGGGAGAAUCGACUAUAUGCAGCUUGUCUCUGAGGAGGUGGUGAUCGGGGAGGUGAGGACGAGAGUGGUGGAGGACGAGGGGUUGGUGAUUAGGUGGGCGGGCGGGCAGUAUAUCACGAGGGAAGAUGGGAGCCCAUUGAUGGAUGCUUUGAGGUUGUGGGUUGAGAAUGCGCCGAAGGAACCAUCGAGGGCGAUGUCGGAACCUCCGUUGGCCAUUACAGAGGAACGAGACCCAGAUGUGGAUCAGAUGGAGGUAAGGAGUGCCGAUGAGCGAGAACCGGUAUCGAGUGGGGACGAACAAGAGAUGAAGCGUGCGGAUUCUGAACCACCAGACUUGCACCGGAAACCAACGUCAAGUAGUUGGGUUAGGUGGUGGAACCGGAGUCGGGAUAUAACAGAGGCUGAUCGGCCUCCUUUGAGGGUGUCGAAUACAUCUCCAAUGGAAUCUACACUACCGAAACAUGCUCCUCAUACGCCCCAUCAUACGACAUUUCCUCAGUCUGCAUCAGCCCCUCCUGCCACACCCGCUCCAGACAUCAUGGGACCCUUGAGUAAGGUGUUGGAGGCAAAGAUUGCGAGGACACAGAAGAGGUAUGCCAAGACGCUGCGGUUGACCUCUGAUCAACUGAAAUCCCUCAACCUUAAGCCCGGUGCUAAUACUAUCACGUUCUCUUUGUCUAAUUCUACUGUGCCCGCAUGUACAGCGCGGAUAUUUGUAUGGGACUCGACCGAUCUUGUCGUCGUGUCUGAUAUAGAUGGUACAAUCACCAAGUCUGAUGGGCUUGGCCAUGUCUUUGCUAUGAUUGGUCGUGACUGGACGCAUUCCGGCGUUGCUAAACUGUACACUGAUAUCAGGCGUAACGGGUACAAGAUCAUGUACCUCACCUCACGAGCUAUCGGGCAGGCAGAUUCUACGCGCGACUACCUCAAGGGUAUCAAGCAAGAUGACUAUCAACUUCCUGAAGGCCCUGUCAUCAUGAGCCCCGACCGGCUGAUGGCGUCGCUGCACCGCGAGGUGAUCAUGCGGAAGCCCGAAGUAUUUAAGAUGGCAUGCUUGAGGGAUAUCCAGCGUCUUUUCGGUGAGAGCUCGCGCACACCGUUCUAUGCCGGGUUUGGGAACCGGAUAACGGAUGCGUUGUCGUAUCGCAGCGUGAAUGUUCCAAGUGCGAGAAUAUUUACUAUAGAUUCCUCUGGUGAGGUCAAGAUGGAGCUCCUUGAGCUCGCAGGGUAUAAAUCAUCGUAUAUACAUAUGACCGACAUCGUGGAUCAGAUGUUCCCUCCGAUACAUCGGAAAUGGGCAGCGGAGUUCACGGAUUUUAAUUAUUGGAAGAUGCCAGUCCAGGAAUUCGCACUUCCUGACCUUACACCUCCAUCCCCGGCCCUGAGCGCUCGAUCAGAUACGUCUAAUCAGAGUACACUUGCACGGUUACGCAACUUCAGCCUCGUAGGACGGAGACAAUCGCGGGACAUGACGCAGUUUUCACUUCCACCGCCUGCGAUAGCGCGUGAGGGUACACCGAGUCGAACGAUGGGCCUGCGCAGCACCCAUUUGCGGCAGAUGUCCUCUCUCGAACGUCUCAGCGGUAGACUGGCAGCGCUCACACAGUCAUCUUCAUCUAGCGGCGUCGACUCGCGUUCGUCAUCGUCUACGUUCCUAGAUUCUGAUGAUGAGGAUGCAGACGUUGAGGAAGGAAGUAUGCAGAAACGGCGUCCGAGGAGCACGAGUAUGACGAGUAUGCCUGGGUCGUUGGAUGAUGGGCAGUUUGGGGUGGAUGAUAGGGAGGAGGAGGAGGAGGGGUAUGAAUAUGAUGGGGAGGCGGAGGGUGGAGAGAAUGAGGAGGAGGCUGCUGAGGAGGCGUUUGAUGAGGAUUUUCUUGCUACGGGGGAGAUGAAGAAUGUGCCAUUUUUGUAA